AUGGAAGAGGACCUGAUGACAUUGGAUGAUCCUGCUGAAAGCCAUGACGACAUCAUGGAGGCUGAGGAAGAAAAGGAAUUGGCAAAGGACCACACCGGCCAGAAGUCAGAUCAAUCUCCGGGGUUGCCAUGUAGUGACCAAUGUGACCCUGAUGAAACAUCUGUUGAAGAGUCAGGUUGUCGCAAGACAUCCAGAAAAGCAUCUAAGUCCCCAUGUAAAAUACAGCAAGGUGCAGUCUUCUCUGGAAAAAUACUUAGCUUUGGGUGUUCAGAGUGUAAGGGUGAUGCUACCUACAGCCCCAAUGACCUCCUCAAACAUUUUCAGGGGGCCCACAAGGGGACCCUGCCGACGUAUCCAUGUGACUUGUGUGGCUUUGUCACCAAUGAGUUCCCCGCACUUCAGCGCCAUCGGAUUGGGCACAGGAACACUUUAGUCACAUGCGAGAUCUGUAAUGAUGAUGUACAGUACUCUCUCCUCCUGCUCACUAGACACUAUAUCAUGUCUCACAGCCAAAAUGGCCACUUUCACUGUGAAAAAUGUGAGUUCUCAACAGUUGACGCAGGGACAUUUGUGCAGCACAUCCAUCAUCACAAUGAGAGCCUGCUCAAAUGUGUGAAAUGUCAACAUGUGAGCUCUAGCCGAGGUGAGCACCAGAGGCACCUAAAACUCCACUCGGGUACCUUCCCCUUCACAUGUCAGGUCUGUGGAUAUGGGGCAGCACGGAGAGAAUACCUCACAAAGCACAUGGUAACUGUCCAUGGUGAGGAUGCUGACAAGAAAAAUAUAUGGAGAGCAACGGAGGACAGCAACAAUACCCUGGCAAACUCUUCUUCAGGAUUAAAACUCCUGCUGAAGAAAAGCCCUGCUGCAGGUGGUCAAUCAAAGGAAUCCCAGUGGAUGUCCAAACUGAAUUCUCUUCCUGGAGUAGGUUUACUUGACCAAAAUGGAAGGUUGUUGAACCCUGAGAAAACAUUGGAGGAAACCCAGCAGUUCCUUGAAAGGGCUGUGGGCGUGAAAAAGGACUGUAAGAAGCGGGUCAAAGGCACUCUUAAGAAUGAGCAACAAUUUGACUCCCAGGCUGUAUCAUCUAUACCACCACCUAAGUCCCAGGAAAGUGAUGACAGUUACGGGGCUGACGCCCUAAACCCCAACAACUCCAAUGGAUUAACUGUUCUCAUGGUAAAAAAUAAAAUCUCUAUUCCACCUAACUGUACUACAAAAGUAAUGGGGUUCAAGAUGGUCGACGGCAAAAAGCAUUUAGUUCUCAAAGUUAUACCAACAGCAAAGCCUGAGUCUUCUGCAGAAAAUAAAAUGUUAUGUAGAGCGCAAGAGAUAGGCUGCCCAAUGAUAGACGCUACCUCCGAUGGAAAUAAAUGCUCAGAUUUGGCUGAAAAUUGGGAAAAUUCAAGUACAUUCUUCCCUUACUUGACUGUUCUAAGCCCCUCAGGGACUGAUCGAGAUGCUGCAAUUUCAGUACAAGUGAAGCCAGAGGAAGAGGACAUUAGCAUUGAGGAGACGUUUCCCAUACUAGAGAAACUAGCACAGACAAUAGCACCGAAAGCAAAACACACAGAGCAGCAGAGGAGUGAUGAACAACAUAAAUUUAAGGAUGAACAGAUUAUUUCCUUGGCAGUUUCGCCAAUGACCAAAGAGUCAGUUCACUCCACGAUUCAGAACGGUAAACUAAAUAACAAUACAUCAUCAAUUGCUAAUCAGCUGAAUGAUUCUGAGUUGGGAGACAAAAUGUCUGCUUAUUCAAGCCCUAAUGUGACUGCUAUGGAGGUCGUUCCAGACAAAAUGCUCACAGAUAAGACCAUGCCCUCUGAAUCAGCUUAUAAGACCAUGCUUCCCAAACCAGUCUCUGAAGAAACUAUCAGCAUGCUUGGAGUUGGUGACCUGAGUACAGCUACAGAUGAUAAGAUCAGUGACCCCAUCACUGAAAAUUCCCCUGUGUCCAAUGGAGAGACGCUACCCUCCAAUGACAAACCUAAGGAGACUCCCUCAGAACCCAUGACUGGUGACGUCCUACCUUCUGAUUAUACUGUUGAAAAUAAUCCUUCAAUUAUCAAGGAGAUGGAUCCUUCUGCUUCUACUACCGAUAAGAUUAAUUCCUGUGUAGCUACUAAGACUAAAACUGCAACUUUAUCCCCAGAUCUGACGCCCCAACUGGAGUCACACCCAUCUGAAUCUGACAACUCCAAAGAGACUGAUACUAAUGCUGAAAAUCUGAAUACUCCCAACCAGGAGGUGUUCAGUUUUCAUAAUUACUCAAAGGAAACAUCAAGCAUUUCCUCCAACUCAACACAACCUUGUGAACAUCCGUCCGAGCUUUCGACAGCGGAUGAAAGUGUUUGGAUGAAAGAGUCACCUGAAUGGAGCUUGACAUUGGCUGCAUCCCCACAACCUCCAGAUGAGGGAUCUGGAAAUGGGGAAGUGGAGACUGCAAAAGAGACUGAGACUGCAAUGGAAAGAGUGUCAGACAGUGACAUUGAGGUCGAUGAGUGCAUAGCUACUGUAGAGGAUCUGGCCACCCCAGUGGCAACUGAGGAAGAUAAUCAUGGACACUCUGGGUCUACACACCAAGUCCAAACUACAGUAAACAUGGAGGAGGAGAGUGUUCCUGUGUCAGAAAGGGCAACAGGGAGCAUAAGUAGUUUGGCCGUCUUGGGUCGCAUACUGGAGGAGCAUUCAGAUGCUAUCAUUAGCCACCAGCUUGAGAAAGAUAGAAUAGGCUGCUCAGCUGCUAGCCAAGAUUCUGUCACGCCACCUAAGACAAUGCUAAGGAUCCUUAAAACAGCAGAGGGAAAGCAACAGAUGUUCUUACAGACUGCAGAGAACCGGUUUGCUGUACCUGUGCAGCUCCAAGGCAACCCAGGGUUCAAGCUGAUAACCAAAUCCUCUGCUCCUCAGAUCAAUGUGUCCUAUGUUAAGCCAGGAAUUGAAAGACAGAAUCACACCACAGGGCUGGCACUCACCCUCAAUGGUGGAAGGUUCAGCAUUCCAGGACAGACUGUAGGUGCUAGUGAAAAAGGUGCAACGCUGUUAUCUGCCAUUCAGCCUGGAGCCAGUACCAGUGCAAGCCACUACCUAGUCAACAGCACAGCUUUUAAAGGUAAUCUGCUGUUGUCAGACGCAGCUCAUAGUUCUCCUGGAGAAAAGACCAUGAAGUCACUGCAGACUUGUUACUUAGUCCAGAGGCCAGUCCCUGUAGCCCAGCCCCCCCACAAUGCUGGUAGUAAAUUAGCAAGCUCAGUGUCUCAGAAUCCACACACGUCCCGUCCAGUUCUGGCAAUGUCUGCGAACUCCGUGAACAAAUUAACUGCGUUGCACACUGGGCGCCAAGCCUUCCUGGUUAGGUAUAUCUCUCCAGCUAAGUCAGGGAUGCUUCUGAGUAGUCCUGAUGGGAAGUCUGUGAACCAGAAAGGUCAACCUAAUGAAAGUAGAGGAAAUAAAGUUGUUUAUAAGAUAGUCAGAACUGCCAAUGGUAGCACGUUUCUUGCUGGUGGUGCACACUCCUCAGCCAACAAGCCCAUUUAUCUGGCCACAAAUUCCACACAGAUGCCCUGUUUUCUGAUGUCAUCAAAUAAUGUCUCUACUGGAGGGCAAAAACUGAUACCCAUACAAAAUGCCUCCCACAAACCUGUCACAGCCUCCAAGCUCUCAAAUAUUCUGUCCCCCCAAUCCAACAUGCAAGGUAGGGUCAGGCAGCAAGUCGGCAUAGAUGGUCUGAAUAAAUCGCCCCUUGCCCCAAGGCCAAGUCGCCAGCUAAGUCAAAGGAAGAGGCGCAGGAAAGCAUUGUUUGAUGAACUCCCAGAGCACUUGCCUAAAGUGAAGAGGCUCUCGAACAAGGCGGUGACUGAGAAAGGGGCUACCUCGCUCUGGGUGCCUGUACCCAAAGAUGCAGAGAGGACACUGAGACUGUACCCAUUCAGUUCACUACAGGAGAUAAAAUGCCCUCGACGAAAUCAGCCGGUAGUGGUUCUCAACCAUCCCGAUGCCGACAUUCCUGAAGUGGCCAGUAUCAUGAGGUCCGCUAACAAGUACAAAGGUGCUGUUUCCAAGGUGGCACUGUCCCAAAAAACGGUUCAAGCUCUCUCUGAACUCAGCCCUGCUGGACUUCUGGGGAAAAGCUCCAAGGUGAAAUGUCCCUCGUCACAAAGCAGUGGGUCAAGACUUCGGCCUUCAGAAAGCAGAGUCCGAGAGCGAUUUCUGUUAAAACUGAAGUUUAGAAAGACUAGCAGGAAAAAGUAUGAGGUAGUGAAGUCCUUAUCUAGAAGUGCAGAGAGGUCAUCAAUGAUGUUCGCCUGUUGGUUUUGUGGUCGACUCUUCAACAACCAAGAGGAGUGGAUAGGCCACGGCCAGCGGCAUCUCAUGGAGGCGACCAGAGACUGGAAUAAGCCGUUUUAA